CUCUAGCGCUGCCGGUGCCGGUACCGGGGCGCGGGGCCGAGCGGGGCGGCGACCACCCCCCUCGGGCCCUGCCCGGAGCGCGGCCGGCCCGGGACGGGAGCAUGCGGAUCCUCCUCCUCCUCCUCCUCUGCCUGCUGACUCUCGCCGGGACCCGCGGGCAAGCGACGCAGACGAGGUUCGUGGAGGAGCCCGAGGACCAGACGGUGGUGGCCGGGCAGAGGAUCGUCCUCUCCUGCGUCGUCCUCAACUACUCCGGCAUCGUGCAAUGGACCAAGGACGGCCUGGCCCUGGGAAUGGGGCAGGGGCUCAAAGCCUGGCCCCGGUACCGCAUCGUGGGCACGGCGGACUCGGGGCAGUACAACCUGGAGAUCAGCGACGCCGAGCUCUCCGAUGACGCCGUCUACGAGUGCCAGGCCACCGAGGCCGCGCUGCGCUCGCGCCGGGCCAGGCUCACCGUGCUCAUCCCCCCCGAGGACCCCACGAUCGACGGAGCCCCCGAGAUCCUGCUGAGGGCGGGGACCCCCUACAACCUGACGUGCCGGGCCCGGAGCGCCAAACCCGCCGCCACCAUCGUCUGGUUCCGGGACGGGCUCCAGCAGGAUGGAGCCGUCACCACCACGGAGGUGUUGGCUGAUGGGAAGAGGGAGACGACCACCAGCCUGCUGGCCAUCAACCCCACCGACCUGGACAUCGGGAGGGUCUUCUCCUGCCGCAGCUCCAACGAGGCCGUCCCGGCGGGCAAGGAGACCUUCGUCAAGCUCAACGUUCACCAUCCCCCGACCGUCACCCUGUCCAUCCAGCCCCAGACGGUGCAGGAGGGCGAGAGGGUCGUGUUCACCUGCCUGGCCACCGCCAACCCCGAGAUCAAAGGCUACAGGUGGGCCAAGGGGGGGGUGAUCAUCGAGGAGGCCAAGGAGAACAGGUACGACACGCAGGUGGACUACACCUUCUUCACGGAGCCCGUGUCCUGCGAGGUGCACAACGACAUCGGCAGCACCAACGUCAGCACGCUGGUGGACGUGCACUUCGCCCCCCGCAUCGUGGUGGACCCCAAACCCACGGUCACGGACAUCGGCUCCGACGUGACACUGACGUGCGUGUGGUCGGGCAACCCGCCCCUGACCCUCACCUGGACCAAGAAGGAGUCCAACAUGGUCCUGAGCAACAGCAACCAGCUGUACCUGAAGUCCGUCACCCAGGCGGACGCAGGGCAGUACAUCUGCAAAGCCAUCGUGCCCCGCAUCGGGGUGGGCGAGAGGGAGGUCACGCUCUUCGUCAACGGCCCCCCCAUCAUCUCGAGCGAGGCGGUGCAGUACGCCGUGCGCGGUGACCGCGGCAAGGUGGAGUGUUUCAUCGGCAGCACCCCGCCCCCCGACCGCAUCGCAUGGGCGUGGAAGGAGAACAUCCUGGAGGCGGGGACGCUGGAGAGGUACACGGUGGAGAGGACGAACACGGGCAGCGGGGUCCUGUCCACCCUCACCAUCAACAACGUCAUGGACGCCGACUUCCAGACCCGCUACAACUGCACGGCCUGGAACAGCUUCGGGCCGGGCACCGCCAUCAUCCAGCUGGAGGAGAAAGAGGUCCUGCCCGUGGGCAUCAUCGCCGGCGCCACCAUCGGCGCCAGCAUCCUCCUCGUCACCUUCCUCGUGGCGCUCACCUGCUUCCUCUACCGGCGCCGCAAAGGAAGCCGCAAGGACGUGACCCUGCGCAAGUUGGACAUCAAGGUGGAGACGGUGAACCGGGAGCCGCUGACGCUGCACGCGGACCGGGAGGAGGACACGGCCAGCGUGUCCACGGCCACCCGGGUCAUGAAGGCCAUCUACUCGUCGUUCAAGGACGACGUGGACUUGAAGCAGGACCUUCGCUGCGACACCAUCGACACCCGCGAGGAGUACGAGCUCAAGGACCCCACCAACGGCUACUACAACGUCCGCGCCCACGAGGACCGCCCGUCGUCGCGCUCCGUCCUCUACGCCGACUACCGCAACCCCGGCCCCUCCCGCUACGACACCCGCCCCCCUUCCCGCCUGUCCCACUCCAGCGGCUACGCCCAGCUCAGCACCUACGCCCGGGGCGGCCCCGCCGCCGACUACGGCUCCUCCGAGCCCCCCCCGGCGCCCGGCGCCGCUCCCGGCACGGCGGGCGGCGAGACGGCGAGCCAGCUGUCCUACGAGAACUACGGUGCCGGCCACGCCGCCUUCCCGGCGGGGCCCGGCUACGCCACGUACCGCCUGGGCUACCCCGGCAACCCGCCGGGCCUGGAGAGGGGGCCCUACGACGCCUACGACCCCAUGGGCAAGUUCGCCAGCGCCACGCGCUUCUCCUACACCUCCCAGCACUCGGACUACGGGCAGCGCUUCCAGCAGCGGAUGCAGACGCACGUUUAGGGCGGGUAGAGGGGGGAAGGAGGGGGGGGCCUACAGGUACCUCAACGACUGUCCCCUGAUAUUCAGGGGCUCAUCCCGACCCCUCGUGCCCGGGUUUCUACCCCCCCACCCCUCCCCGAGUGUCUUUGAGCUUCCACUCAUUCCGUUCUUUCUUUUCGGUACCUUCCCCGGAGGAGGGAGAGGGUUUGGGGAGGGGAGGGGGAUGAGGGGG